AUGUUCCGUUUGGUUUCGCGGCUUGGUGUUAAGCAGUUCUCGACCAUCGCGAGGCCGCUGGCUCGGCCCCAAAUUCUCAAUAAACAGGCCGCAGUGUGUGUAGUCCCUCGUGCUCACGCCGCUGCGCCUAUGGAGACCGUCGGCGUGCCUAUGGCUACUCCCACUCUCAGCCUGCUUGGCCAGAUGGGCAUGCUCGGCCAGCUGCGCUUCAAAUCUCGCGGUAACACCUACCAGCCCUCCAUGAUUCGCCGCAAACGCCGUGCUGGCUUCCUUGCUCGCCUUCGCACAAAGGGCGGCCGUAAAAUCCUCGCCCGUCGUCGGGCCAAGGGCCGCUGGUUCCUGACCUACUAA